GCCAUCCAACUCACACUCAGACAGACACACACAGACGCACACAGACACCCACAGACACACACAGACACACAGACACACACUGCACCGCCCAUUUCAUAACCUCCAAUCAGCUUCCCUUCCUUCUUUUCACUUGGAUCUUGUUUUGAUCAAGAUCAUCAUUUUGAUCCUUGUCCUCAUCAUCGGUAGUUUACAGUCGUUCGGGUUUGUUUACGCCCCACUGUUGUUUAUUAUCUGUGUUUUUUCGUUUACUCUCAUGAUUUAUUGAUGCCCUGAAAAUGAAUGACCCCUUAUGGUUUGCGACAAUAUUAUUUGAUCGUCCUUAUAGUCCAUCUACAUAAACGUCACACAGGAGUAGAGAGAAUAACCUGAUGGAGACAUCAAAAACAUAAUUGCGCUGACAUACCAACUGAAAACCUUUUUCUAAGUAGCGCUGAACUGAACCCCUUGCUGGAGAUAGUCUGUAAUCUAAGCAAACAGAAAUACAAUUUGAUAAUUGGAGUCAAAUUGUGAGCGUGUGAGGCGCUGGUCUUUUUAAUUAAAGUGACGUCCAUAUUGGCCUACUAAGUCCCCAUGGACAUCAACGCUGCUUAUCUCUCCCGCCGGAGCAGUGUGAGAUUUGCCCAGAAUUAGCCGUCCAGAAGGGCUCAUACUGGGCCAGAUUGGAGAAGAGCACAUGAGUCACAUUGGUGUGUUAAUGGAUUGCUGGCACACAGAGGUUACGUGGUUCCUGUCCCUUUUCCACAUCUGAUGAGCAGCCAGCCAACAGACUCAGCCGCAGUUCAUUUCAAUCACCUCACCACCAGUAGGCUUUCAACUUGCCUGGAGAUUUAUGUUUACUUUUGGCAAUCUACCCUCUCAAAGGCCAUGGAGUUUUCCCUCAGUCUGAGAACAGGAUGAUUGCGAUGCGCAUUCUGACACUCAGGGAAAUGUAAAUUUUUGCGUGUGGGACAAUGUAUACAGGAAAUACAUCCUGUGCGUGGUUUUGGAAGCCUUAGCCAUUAGGAUCAAAGGUCAGGCAUCCCAGAAUGAAACAUUGCAUCGUCAUGAGCUGUUUGAGCCUAGUCAAUGUCUUCUCCCUCUCAUGAAAACACGAGCCAGGCUCUGUUAUUAAUAUCGUAUAUGUCCUGACUCACUGUGCUCCGCGGGUGCUGGCCUGGGAUGUCCUUAAACCUUCACCUGUGGUGAGGCCAGCCAGUCAGUCACUAUAGACCUGGUUGUGCGUUUGCUCUGUGGGACGCCUCCAACCUUAAGCUUCGGUGGGCGUAGCUGAGGUAACCCUCCCAUCUGAGCAGCUGCUGUCUUUCCUCUUGGUCUUUUCAGUGGAAGGGAUGUGUGGGUCUACUGCUGGGAUCCGACUCCAUCCGUCGCAGUGAAAGGCAGUCCAAUCUGUCCUCCUUUUCUCUCGCUAGCAUCAAAGGCCUUUGAAGAUGAAACCAUGGCAACGCUUAACCGCAAGGCUUUUUUCCUUCUUUCUUUCUUUUCCUUUAUUAUUUGUAUGUGGUUUCUCAGCUGAGGAGGAGGUCAUCUGAAAGCAUGCCACUUGUUCUCUCCCCUCAUCUGAGGAGGAACAGCAGAUUAUGUCUCUCCACAGAUGAAUGGGCCAUACAUCACUCUGAAGGCAGGGGAAUGGCCUCUUUUAUGUGCUGGCAGCAACCAUUUCUUCAUACACCAAUCGCUGAACGCUACGACGGGGCAGGCUACUCUGUUCUGCCUGGCUCCCUCUCUACCAUUUUAUGGUUCUCAGCUUUCAACCACUCACAACAACAACCAGCACACAACAUUAAUUACACUGCUGUCCUCUUUGUUUCAUCCAAAGCUAGGGAGACUCUGUCAGGCACAAAAAUGUAACAUAGCAGGUAAAUAGCGCGGCGUACGUAUGUUUUAUUGAUGCGUCUCUUUUUUGGCAUGCUCUCCUCAUUUUCAUGUAAUAUUCAUGCAGCUUCAUCGCCCACUCCUUCCGCCGCCUGCCUUGAUAUGCUACAGUGGAUGUAGCUGAAGGAACGGCAUUAGGAGGGUUGAAGGUGGAGGAGGAAACACAUUACUAAACAACCCCAAAUCAUCCCUGUCGGCUUUUCCCUGGCUUUCCGUACAAACACACAUAAAAGGGCUGGUUACACAAUGCAAACAUCCAACCGGCUCAACAGUCUGAGAGGCAAGAUCACACUCUCUGCUCAGCCUCUCGGCCAACUGUGAAGUGGUAGAGAGAGCCCUGACCCCUUCCUCUGUGCCUGACUGAUGGGCUUGCAGUGAGCCGUGGCUUUAACUCCCCCAGGCAGCCAUUGUAACUGAGUUUAUCUGACUGACGACGGAUGGAUGGUAUUGGGACAGAGGAACCUGUUUACUACUCAGGGCUCACAGAUAGAAACAGAGGUCCUUUUGUGUCUGGUUUUCACCACAGCCUUACUCAUCUUCUGGUUCUGUGUCUGGUUUUCACCACAGCCUUACUCAUCUUCUGGUUCUGUGUCUGGUUUUCACCACAGCCUUACUCAUCUUCUGGUUCUGUGUCUGGUCUUCACCACAGCCUUACUCAUCUUCUGGUUCUGUGUCUGGGCUUCACCACAGCCUUACUCAUCUUCUGGUUCUGUGUCUGGUUUUUACCACAGCCUUACUCAUCUUCUGGUUCUGUGUCUGGUUUUCACCACAGCCUUACUCAUCUUCUGGUUCUGUCUCUGGUUUUCACCACAGCCUUACUCAUCUUCUGGUUCUGUGUCUGGUCUUCACCACAGCCUUACUCAUCUUCUGGUUCAGUGUCUGGUUUUCACCACAGCCUUACUCAUCAUCUGGUUCUGUGUCUGGUUUUCACCACAGCCUUACUCAUCUUCUGGUUCUGUGUCUGGUUUUUACCACAGCCUUACUCAUCUUCUGGUUCUGUCUCUGGUUUUCACCACAGCCUUUCUCAUCUUCUGGUUCUGUGUCUUGGCUUCAACACAGCCUUACUCAUCUUCUGGUUCUGUGUCUGGUCUUCACCACAGCCUUACUCAUCUUCUGGUUCUGUGUCUGGUUUUCACCACAGCCUUACUCAUCUUCUGGUUCUGUGUCUGGUUUUCACCACAGCCUUACUCUUCUUCUGGUUCAGUGUCUGGUUUUCACCACAGUCUUACUCAUCUUCUGGUCCUUUGCAGUUGACAUACAGCGCUUUUGUGGAGCUCAGAACAUUGGAGAUUAACCAGAAAAUAAAAAAAAUUUCCCCAGACAGCCACCCAGCAAUAGGUUUCAUUGUGUUGUUUUAGACCAUUUCAAAACCACUCAGUCACCAACUGUCAGUUGUGACAUCCCAUUUAUCUCAGGGGAAGGGGACUGACAUUAAUACAGGACCAAAUCAUUGGCCUCAAAUGACAGUUUAAGUCCUCUUUGGAUGCUGGACUAUGCUGUGAUUCCUCACCAUUUUAAAAUGAAAAUCUUUUACCGUUUGUUGAUCAUAAAUCUGAAUACAUUGUGAACAGGAAGGAUAUCCCAAGCAUUUCUUGCCACAUUUGAACCCAAACCCUGAAUAUAAAGUUUUUGCGUAUGCUGAACUUUUUGAUAUUAAGGUACAGUAUCAACUCAUUUGCAUGUCUUUAUGAUUUGUUGUAUUCAAACAGAAAGUGCAGUUUUGAUCCUUGUAAUCGUUGUUUAGUUUUGUUUGUGCAGAACACAGCUGUGCCAUUGCCUCUAUCCCUUUGGGAGCCAUGGUAACACACCUGCUGUUUGGUUGAGUUUUUAUAUCUUAAUUUAUUUUGCUUUCUUUACUUCCUGCCCUCCUGUCCCGUGUCUGACGACCCUGUUCUGUCCCAACGUCUCC